ACCUGCAGAAUCCGCCAUUGGAGCAGGUGCGCCGAAGCUAGCGAAGGCGGGGAGAUCUUGAUCUCUGCCUUCUCCGCGUCGCCUGCUGCGCGCGAAGUCCCCCGUCCAUGGCGGCGUGAGGGCGGCGAGGUGAAGUGGUGCCGAGCGGGAAGGGACGGCAAUGGUGGAGCCGGGCGGCGGGUUCGGCGCCCGCGACGCGAGCCCGGACUCCGUGAUCUUCACGCUCGAGUCGAACUUCAGCCUCUUCUCCUCCGCCUCCGCCAGCGUCGACCGCUGCUCGUUCGCGUCCGACGCGCACGACCGCGACUCCCUCGCCUCCGAGACCUCGCUGCAUUUGGCAGGGCACGAGCGUGAUAGCUCGAGUGGUCCAGAUCCAGAUCCAAAUUCGAAUCCGAGCAAACCUGCAGUACAUAAGCACAGUCGUCUCUCUCGAAAAGCAGAUAAAGCUAAAGUUCGAAUAGAGGACGAGGAUGGUGAUGUCGAGGACAAUAAUCAUACCAUAGACUCUGCUAGAAGCUCCUUUUCUCUUGCUCUCAAAGAAUGUCAAGAGAGGAGAUCUAGAUCGGAAGCUCUGUCGAGGAAAUCAGAUAGGAGAAGGCCUGCUUCGGUUGAUUUCAACAAUGCCACUGCUUUGUCCCCUCGAUUGGAAGCUGUGAAGAAUAGCUCCAUGGCGUCUCGUAAGUCCGGUGCAUUUCCAAGCCCGGGUACCCCAAAUUACCGUCAUGCCAAUGUUGGACUGCAGAAGGGUUGGAGCUCGGAGAGAGUUCCCCUGCAGUCCAGUGCUGGCAUGCGGAAUGCAAAUGCUGGGUAUCUGCCAUUCAAUAAUGGCAGGACAUUGCCAUCGAAGUGGGAAGAUGCAGAGAGGUGGAUUUUUAGUCCUGUGUCUGGAGAUGGUGGUGGUUCUAGGCCAUCAGUUCCGCCACCCCAGAGGAGACCCAAAUCGAAGAGUGGACCACUUGGACCGCCAGGAAUUGCCUACUACUCACUGUAUUCCCCUGCAAUGCCUAUGUUUGGUGGGGGAAACAUCAAGAACUACAUGGCAGGAUCUCCAUUUUCAGCUGCAGUUAUAGGAGCUGACGGUUUUCGAAAUUCUGCUGCCGAAGUUGGAGAAUUUCCGGUCCGUGGAGAGCCCUGCAUGGGGCGAUCAGUUAGUGUACAUGGUUGCUCUGAGCUGCUGAGUCAGUCAUCCAGUGUGGGUCUCCAAGAUGAAAAACUCGAUCAGCUAAAGGAUGCUGCCACAGAUAUAUCUCGUGCUGUUUCAAGAAGGGAUAUGGCAACCCAGAUGAGCCCACAGGGAAGUACUUGCUCAUCUCCCAAAAGAACACUCUCUUUUGCCACAUCCCCUCCGUCAGCCUUAUCUAUCGUGGAACUGCCUGGUGGUAAUUCCUCUAAGAUGGAAGUAAAGGAUGUGCAGGUGGAUGAACGGGUCAUGAUCACUCGGUGGUCCAAGAAAAAUAGAUACCGAAUUUCAGGGAAGGGCUCAGGAAACAGUGAUGAUUGGAAAAAGAAAGACAUGGAAGCACAAUCUUCAGCAUGGGAUAUCUCAGACACAGUCAAGAGCAUUUCAAACGUUAAAAGAGAGGAAGCAAAAAUUUCUGCAUGGGAGAACCUGCAGAAGGCUAAAGCUGAGGCAGCAAUUCGGAAACUAGAGAUGAAGCUGGAAAAAAAGAGAUCGUUGUCCAUGGAUAAGAUUAUGAAAAAGCUUCGGUCUGCACAGAAGAGAGCCCAAGAAAUGAGGAGCUCAGUGUUGGCCAGCCAGGUUCAUCAAGUCUCUAGGACUUCCCACAUGGCUCUAGUAUUCCGUAGGAUUCGUCAAGGAGGCUCGUUGAGUGGUUGCUUUACCUGCCAUGCAUUCUAGUGCCAGCACGUCUGAUAUCCAGGUCCAUUGAGCUGGUGUACAAAUUGGAUGCCGAAUGGAGGAAAGAAGAAGACGAGCAAAUGAAUGUACGUGGUCUCAAUCACUGCUGUUCUGACACUAACGCUGUGUCGAUUGGCGUAUAUCAGUGGAUGACACGACCAGUUCACCAAGGUUUUGAUCAAAUUCAUUCCCAUGGGUAGUACUCGUUCCUCAGUACCCAAUGUAUUAGAAGAAAAGAUAUAAGGGAUUAGCAAAUAUGUGUAAGUGUAUCGACUUCGGUGUCACGAGUAUAUGUGGUAUAUUCUCUCUUUAGACAGUACAAUUGGACAUGCUUGCUUGCUUGCCACGAUUUACGUAUAAUCUUGAAAAGGAAUGCUCGGUUCUGAGACGAUGAAGCUAGAAUCGGGAAUCAAUUUUCGUGGUGAGGUUGUUGGUUGUUGUUUGAGACCAGCAAUUGCUUUCUGUCCCCUCUCAAGUACUAAGAUUUGAUUCUCUUAA